AUGAAGGCUUCCAAUGCCCGACUUGGAUUCGUUAUAUCGGGUUUCCCAAGGAACAUCGACGAUGUAGUAGAAUGCGCCAAGAAGAUAUCGCGGCUGGACGGGGUCAUCCUGCUGGACCACCGGCAGGAGAUGCUGGAGCGGCUCGUGCAGGACGGCGUGCAGUCUGGCGCGCUGACGGCGGAGGCCGGGGAGCUGGAGCUGCGAGAAUUCCUCACGCACGUCCUCCCGCUGACAGAGCUCAUGAACAACAAGGACGUGCUGUACAAGAUCAACGUGGUUGAAUGCGACAUGCACGAAAUUGUGAACGAAAUGGAUUCCAUUGUAAAGAAGUUGGUAGACAACAGCUCAACGCUUCAUCCAGAUAAGAACCAGAACAACGGCGGCCCGGGCAGCAACAAGUCGUGUUACUGUGAAGCGGUGGCGCCGCUCUACCCGGGCUGGACGCACCUCAGCUGCAGCUGGAUGCUGCGUGACCUGGUCACUGACGAGGCUGUGCGAGACGCGCAGGACGUGCUGGCUGUUCGGCAGCUGCUGGUUGCCGGCGAGCUGGUGCCUCAGGGUCUGAUUCUCAGCUGUUUGUCCAAGGCCAUGGACCAGAACCCGUCCUCUCGGGGAUUUAUAAUCUCCGGCUUCCCACGCUGCCUGGAGCAGUUGGAACAAUUCGAGCUGGAGGUGCGUAGGUGA